UUGCCCCAAGGGUCUCUCGCUCCAGAGUUCCAAGAGGUCACGGGUUGCCGAGGAGCUCAUAGAAACAGGAAACGGUCCAGCUUCAAACACUAAAAACCUGUUUCCUUUCCCCACCGCAAAUGAAAAAAUCCCCAGCCCGUCAUUCUCGACAGGUUCAUUGUGAAAGUAGCAGCUUGAAGGGGAAGAGGCACAACAAGUCUCCGGCGAGGACGAUAUGCGGGACACCCUGAAGUUCUUUGGAACCAAGAGGAUGAGGGAGAUAUUCCCCAUGCUGAUUUUGUUGUCUUUAGGAUGGAGCUAUGCAGAUGCCAUCUCCACCGACAUGCCGUUGGUAACGCCUGUGGAUAGCAAAGUGGAAACCGAUCAGCCCGGCUUGGUUUUGACUGAAAUAGAGAGCCUCGGAAAUGAGUUGGGAACACCUCUAACUCCUGCCUCAGAGGUGUCAAUGACUGUACUGAACACAACCCAGGAGGAAAAGGUAAAACACAGCACUCCUCUAGCUGCAGAAGAGAUUCAAGGACUUCCAACUCAAGCCAUGGCACAGCAGAAGAAACCCUUAACCCUUACAAAUCCUAACAGAGAGAACAAUGGUGAUGGUGGCUCUCCAAACGUGAAGUCCCCAGCCUUGUCUAACAGCACUGGGAUUCCAGCACAAAUCCAUCCGAGAAAGGGCCCUCUUCAAAAUGUCAUUUCUAAAGGAGCGACCGUGAGCAGAUCUUCCAGGCAAUCAGGAUAUAGCAGCAGCAAGAUGAAUGCAGAUUCCAAAACACCCAGUUUUGAAACUACGAGGGGCAAGAACUGGUGUGCCUACGUUCACACAAGACUCCAGCCCACCAUAGUGGUUGACAGUAUAGAGAGCUACUCAUCGGGCCGGCCCAAACCAUGCAGUUGGAUUACAGGACCCUGUGGAUCAAGCUCCCAGUCAAGGACUCAGCAAGCUUACAGGAUCAAACAUAUGAUUGUGACAUCACUGGAGUGGAAGUGCUGUCCUGGAUACAGUGGAGGAACGUGCCAGCCCAAAGCCCAAAAGGAUCAAUUGCUUAUACACAGCAACCAGGCCGAGAGCAAUGCAGCUGUCAAUGAGGGAACCCUGGGAAACCAACUGCAGCCGGACAUCAGCGACCCAGCAGUUGCACAAAAAAUGAAUGAACAGAUUAGCAGCCAGGAGAUGAAACUGACUUUGCUACAGAAGAAGGUUGACAACAUUUCGGUCGUCAUGAGUGAUGUGAGCAAGACGCUCUCCUCUCUGGAAGGCAAAAUCAAUGAAGAUAAGGGCAGGGAGUUCCAGGCUUUUCUAAAAGGUCUCAAGUCCAAAAGCAUUACUGAGCUAGUCAAAGAGAUUGUAAAAGAGCAGUCUAAAGUCUUCCAAAGUGAGAUGCAAGAGACGGUGGCCCAGAUUUUCAAGAUUGUGUCUGGUCUGUCUGAAGAGCUCGAGAACACCAAACAAUUGGUCAAAAGUUUGAAUGGUUCUCAGCAAAAAUGUGCCAUGGAGCUAGAGAGCAGGCCUACGAGGGUAGAAAUUGUUGAACUAAGGAGCCAGAUCCUGCAUAUUGAAGAGGAAAUAAGCUUUACAUGCGACAAGCCAAUCAAAGACCUGGAGGAAAAGCAGAGAUCUAUGGAAGUUGCCUUGCAGCAUCAAAGUUCAAAGAGCAACAUUUACUAUGAGUCACUGAACAAGACUCUGAGCCAAAUGAAAGAGGUACAUGAACAGCUGUUAUCAGCUGAACAGAACUCAGACCAAAACAUCCCCACAGCAGGUAAAUCACUGAGUGAUAAUAUUACAGAUUAUAUGAUUGGGCUGCAUGAGAAAGUGAAAACACAGAGUCUGAUGGUUCUGCAGCUCUACGAUGACCUCAGAGUUCAAGACAGCAAAAUCAGUAACCUCACAGUAGAAGUAGAGAUCCAGAGAGACAGCCUACAAACAGAAUGUGAUCGCAUGUUGUCCAAAUGCAGGAAGGACUUCCAAACACAACUGAAGGGUGUGGGAGAGAACAUGCAUUCUUUAAACCAAACAGUAGAAAACCUGGUGUUUCCUUUGGAUGAUAAGAUGGACAAAAUGAAUGAACAAAUUAAUGACCUUUGUUAUGACAUGGAGAUCCUCCAACCACUGAUUGAGCAAGGAGUUCCCUUCAGCCUUACAUCAGAAUAUGAGCAGCAGAUGGAAAUGGAAGCUGUCAGCAAGAGGUUGGAAAAUUUAACCAGUGUCGUGACAGGACUCAGUUCCACCAUUGAAGAACUUGACAAAACCCAGAAGGAGCUUAAAAAUGAAGCUCAGACCCACGAUGAAAUCUCUGAGAGGCGAUUUAAUGAAUGCUUCAUUUUAAUGGAGGAUGGCAUGAACAAGACCAUGAUGGUGAUCAACAGUGCCAUAGAUUCGAUCCAGGAUAACUACGUGCUGAAAGAAACUCUGAAUGCCUUGAAAAAUGACACAGAUGCUUGCUGCAGCGGUAUCAAGAAGAUGGAAAGUGUACUGACCUUAAUACCUCAGUUCGAACAGAUGAAUGAAUCCCUUCAGUUACUAAUAAAUGAGAACCAGAAAAUCAGCCUUGCUUCAAAAAGUAUUCGUUCUCCUUCAGAGCCUUCAUCUGGUGAAGACAUCAUACCUCAUCUCAGUAGGGUUCACCAAAAUUUAAACACAUCCUCAUUCAACCUUCAAGGGUAUCAAGGAGAGACAGGUCACCUGGAUGAGAAACAGUUGGGUCCUACCCGGGAACGCAAAGACCAUGAAGUCCGUCUGCAGGCUGUGGAGACAAAAAUAAACAAGUUUUUAGCAAACAACUGUGUCUCAGUUAGAAACGUCAAAGCUGCUGUAGAAGAACAGGAUAAAGUGGUCUCUGUUCGGCUUCAGACCUUGAAUUCGAGGAUCAGGGCACUUGAAGCCAAAUCCAUACGUGUCUCUGUGGUCAUUCCUGUCUUGAACAGGACUGCUUAUGAAGCACGGAAGUUGUGUGAGGAUCUCUCUGGAAGCAUUCACAGCAUGAAUGUCAAUGGGGUGAUGAAACCUGUUCAUCCAGACACCGUGCUGUUUCAGAAAGGUUUGCAAGAACUCACCGAGUCCAUGCUGGAGAUCAAAGCAGGAACGAUCCUUUCCAAUCUAACCUGGUACGUGGACAAGUCCCUCACAGAUGCAGUAAGCAAUAUUACCAAACGUUUAAAGGCAACACCUGCAGUUCCCAAAAAAAUACCACCGGCGAAAAAGCUGCCAGCGAGCACUACUGCAAUCCAGGCUGGACGAAGUCAAAGAAACACAGACACCACUUCAGAAGCAGAUGAUUAUCUGAGAUGCAGCAGCUCCCCGUGCCAAAAUGGAGGGACCUGUGUCAAUGAAAGGAAGAACUUUGUCUGCGCUUGCCGCUAUCCCUUUGGAGGAGCCAACUGCAGCACAAAGAUGGUGGACGAACAGGCUCCGGCUGUAGAUUUUUCAAAAGGGUCUUACAGGUAUGCACCAAUGGUGGCCUUUUUUGCUUCACACACUUACGGGAUGAAUUCUCCUGGUCCUAUUCGAUUUAACAAUCUUGAUGUCAACUAUGGAUCCUCCUAUGUCCCAGCGAAUGGAAGGUUCCGUGUGCCUUAUCUUGGUGUUUACGUCUUUGAAUACACCAUUGAAUCAAACAGCCCGAUCAUCUCAGGCUACCUAGUGGUCGAUGGAAUAGACAAGCUAGCUUUCCGGUCUGAAAAUGCCAGUGAGAACAAAUAUGUGGAGCGAAUGGUUAAGGGAGAUGCCUUACUGGAAUUGAACUAUGGACAAGAAGUUUGGCUCAGGCUGGCAACAGGCUCCAUCCCAGCCAAAUAUCCACCCGUAACUACAUUUACUGGCUACAUAUUAUACCGUACAUAAAUCAGUUGCACACAAAGCUAUAAAGGGCAAAGGAAGCACAGUUGUUCUUUCCCUUUGCUUUGACACUUAUUCUACCCAAUAAAGUGAAUCUCAAUUAGGGUCACCACUUUUAUUUUGGGUAGGACUCCUGUGCUUUUUACAGCAACAUGAGAGACAGAAAUUAAACUAGAAAAACGUUUCCCAUCCCUGUAUGUCUAUGCUGCAGAAAACUUAAUGGUUGCAUUUCUGCUUGUCAUGUAGUUAAAAACAGAGGAGCCCUACCAGGAAAUAGGUGGCAACUCUAAUCCCAUUAGAUCAUUCUCUGGAUUUCAAAUUUCCAAGAGUGCCAACGAUCCCAUCUUAGCUUGUAUUGGCUCAAUGGAAGACUUUGUAAAAGCUCUCCCGCUUUUAUCAGGCACCUCAUUAUAUGAAUGUUUUUAGUAUGUUCACAGUCUUAUCCAGCUAUUUCUUCAUUUAAGAGCAUAAAAAGUGCCCUGCUGGAUCAGACCAAGGGUCCAUCUAGUUUGUCAUUCUGUUCACACAGUGGUUAACCAGCUGCCCAUGGGAAACCCAGAAAUAGGACAUGAGUGUAACAGCCCUCUCUUACCCAUGUUCCCCAGCAACUGGUGUACAUAGGCAUACUGCCUCCGAUACUAGAAGGAGCAGAUAGCUAUGAGGAAUAUUGAUGGCCUUCUUCUCCAGGUAUUAGUCUAACCCCCUUUUAAAGCCAUCGAAAUUGGUGGCCAUCACUACAUUUUGCGGUAGUGAAUUCCACAGUUUAACUAUGUGCUGUGUGAAGAAGUACUUCUUUUUAUCUGUCCUGAAUCUCCCACCAAUCAGCUUCAUGGGGUGGCCCUGGGUUCUACUAUUAUGAGAGAGGUAGAAAAAGGUCUCUCUCCACAUUCUCAGCAGCUUAAUUUAGGGGGUUGAAAACUUUGUUGUGAUUUUUGCUCCACCUGCGACUGAUAACAUUUGGCAGUCAGAAGCACAUGUCAUUCUACUGCAAACCACUCAGAGAUCUAUCAGUCAAUUUUACCUUCUACCAACCCCUGACAGUCAUCUAACUGUAU